AUGACAGACCAGGAUGAUUUAGGGAAGGAAAAUGACGAGAGCAAAUCCCUCGAAAAUACACCUAACAAGCAAGGAACGUCUUUCAGAGAUUUGCUUUGUGAAGAAUUACAAGUGGAUAAGGCGCUGUUGCUUUACAAAGGAUUUUAUUUCCUUUUUUUCGCUGGAUUUGGGGCUUCUUUUCCAUAUAUGGCGUUAUAUUUCAAGCAAAUUGGCCUUAAUGCCAGUUCAGUUGGAAUAUUGGCCGGAAUAAGGCCCAUGAUACAAUUUAUAAGUGGACCAUUCUGGGCAAUGUUAGCUGACAGAUAUAAAGCAAGGAAGGCCGUUUUGUUGUUUUCUAUUUUGUCAUGGUUGGUCAUGACCCUGGCGUUGUUGAUUCCUAAACCUUACAACACAUACUGUAAAAAUUUGAUGGAAAAUUCAAACGAAAAUGUAUCGAUAUUUACUGGGAGACAUUCACGACGCGGCGGUGUCGACCUGCAAAUUGAUAACGUUAUCAGUGUGGAUAUUGAUCACCAAAGAAACCCGAGAAAGGUCAAAGAGAAAUUGCCCUCACUCAUUGGAAAUGCUCCUUUUCGAACAUUUUUCAUACACGGCAGCUCUACACAACUUUCUGAAUAUGAAGUUUCUAGUUCCAAGAAAUUCAAACUCAUCUUUGACCAGAAAGAAAUUUACCGCGUUUAUAUUUAUCUUCUAAUACUGGUUGUUGGAGGAGAAUUUCUUGAAGCUCCAACAUUUAUCAUGGCCGACACGGGACUAUUGCAAAAACUAGGAGAAAAACGAAGACAUUAUGGAAAAACCAGACUGUUUGGCUCGUUAGGCUUUGCGUUUGCUUCGUUAAUAGUCGGAGAGCUACUUGAUAUGACAGAAUAUAAAUAUUGCGGUCGAGUUAUGAAUAAUUAUAACAUACUAUUUUAUUCAUUUGCCAUUAUUAUGGCCCUGGCCUUUGUCUUUGCCGCUUGGAUGUUUGAAUUUACGUACGAAGAUGUAAGCGAUGAUAGCGAUGGAAAAAGCAGCACAAAAGAGUUACUAACGCUACUUCUAAAAUUCCGGUAUGCUUACUUUAUAACUAUUUCAUUCUUUCUAGGAUUUUCUAAUGGAUUAUUUUUUAACUUUCUUAACUGGCAUCUAGAGGAUUUGGGAGCAAGCAAAUCUUUGAUGGGCAUAGGAACAAUCUUCAGAGCCAUGGCGUUAAUCAUAGCGUACCUUUUCAACGCGUUUCUGUCACAGUUAUGUGGGCACGUCAACUUGAUGUUGGUUAGCGUUGCUGCGUAUUUUAUUUUAUUCGGAAGUUUCUCCAUCAUUCAGAAUCCUUGGUGGGCUCUACCUCUAGAAUUCUUAGAAGGAUUGACCUAUGGCACGACAUGGUCUACAGCUGUGACUCAUCUAGCUGAUGCCACGCCCAAAGGCGGCGCCGCUACGAUGCAAGGUAUGUGACUGGUGUGCGUCGAGCCUUCUUGUGCGACCACCUCUCUUAAGCGAUCAGCGAUAACCUCUCAAAAGCCACAAUCUACUUUCGAAAUCAAAGUACAAAGUACUUUCGAAGUCAAAGUACCAUCAGUAAGGGUGUAGUGUACCUCCAAAGUCUGGAAUUAUCAGCGUUUGCUUACGAGUGGGUCGAGUGUCUUACUGCAUGCUUAGGGUGUCAGCGAUCGAAAAAAAUUGAACAAUAGAAAGAUUUUUCAUCGGGGGGAGGGGGGGGGGGCGAGUAAUCAACAAAGUUUUAUGUGGGGGGGCUCUGCCCCGAGAUCCAACCCCUUACCCUUUUAUAUACCUUUUUUGAAAGAAAAGGUACCCCUUUCUUAUAUCUUCAAUUGACAGAUGAUACCCCUUUCACAUGCUAGUUCACAACAGUGCCUCUCUUUUAACUACUGUAAAUGCACAUUGCAGUAAAAUUCAGUAAACCAGGAAAUUUUCGUGGACCUCUUUUACAUCCAUGAAAUAUAAAAUGCAUCUGUUAGCUUUUUUAUCCUUUUACAGACUGAAAUGUCAACUUCAACUUAUAAAAUCCCUACCCUUUCGUAUACCCGAAGCCUCAAAAAGGUACCCCUUUCGUGUGGAGCCUCUCCACAUAGGCCAUUAUAGCGAGUACCCCCCCCCUUCCCAGAUCUAUUUGAAAUACACACAAAAAAAAUUAAAAACAAACUAAGAGCGAGCAAGUCUAUUCGAAAGUCAUUUGUUUGGCGAACGGACUCAAAUUCGCGGCUUUCGGUUGGUUUAGCCUACACGAAACGCAUUUCCACCUUAAAAGAUUGCUGAAAAGUGCUUUUCUACAACUUGUGACAACAGCAACUGAGCUGACGAUUGGACAAUCGACUGUGGCUCCUUCCGCCUUUGUUUUCCUUGGCGGCAAAGAAAUGACUAAGUCUUGUUUUGAUUUUUUGUAACUCAGUCUCUGAAAAAAUCAACAAUGAAAACUUACGGAAACCGGCUCUAAUAGAAGUGUUUCAACGAGAAAACAACGGGGUUGCAACACUCCCCUCUAUCGGUCGAUCAUGUUCAUAUCUUUACGAAAUUAAUUUUUGUUGUAGCAUCAACCUUGCCGACAUUUGUUUGUUAUCUAGUGAUCAGAACAAGCCCUGUUUGUUUCAAUUUUCUUCCAGGAAUACUCCAAGGCGUUUACUGGGGACUCGGUGGAGGCCUGGGUGCUAUUCUUGGAGGCGUGCUUAUUGACGAAUAUGGUACAGUCCCGUCAUUCCGUUUGGGCGCUUUAAUGUCAGUUGCGGUCUUGAUUGUUGGCGGUUUUAUCCAGUAUUGUAUUUCUUAUCAAAAGAAAAAAGCAAAGUCUGAAGAAAAACAAGCUGUAGAAGACAUUAUAGAUGAUUUUUAA